AUGGUUAUUAAACCUAAAGAACGUUAUGAUGUUACAAAUCCUUUACUCAAUAGAACCGCUUUACGUAUCCCUCAUAAAGAAUUUAAGAAUCAAGAUAGCUAUAUAAAAUUUUUCAAAUCUGCUAUUGAUAAAGCGAACAUAAGCCAAUCACAGAAAGAUUUUUUAAAAACCUGGAUCGAUAAUUGGGCUGAAGAAAACAAUAUUACCAGCAAGACUGGUGGAUCUCGCGUGUGUGAAACGUGUCUUAUUUCAACUUUUGCAAAGAAAUUUUGUGAACAUUGUGUUCGAGGUUAUUUAAUUAACAAUUAUCCAAAUUGGUCAUCCAACGUUUAUGAAAUUGAUGAUUUGAUUCGAAAACGUCAAAAAAAAACAAUAAGACCUGAUUAUAUUGUCGAGUGGAUAUCUUUUGAGAACUUUGGCGAUCUUACACUCAAAGCUACAGGUGGUUGCGCAAGUGUCUAUUCCACUGUUUGGCAUGGUGGCAGAUAUGAUAAAUGGAAUGCCGUUGAAAAAAAACUUGAAAGAACUGGUGACAAGGACGUAAUUCUUAAACUUUUACCAAAUUCAAGUAAACCAAAUAAAAGAUGGUUUCAAGAGGUCAAACAACACCUCGACUUCAUGAUGAGAACAAAUCCUGUUGUUAAAUGUUAUGGAUUGACGAGAGAACCAACAACUCAAGACUUUAUGCUUGUUUUAGAACCCAUGACAAAAAAUUUGGGUUACUUUUUACUUGAAAAUUACUCUCUUAAUUGGAAACAAAGAAUUGAAAUUCUUUAUGAUAUUACGUAUUCUCUUAUGAAAAUUCACGAUUCUGAAUUGAUUCAUCGUGACUUACAUCCUGGUAAUAUCCUUCAGGGACGUAACUCUAAUAUCUGGUAUAUUAGUGAUCUCGGUUUCUGUGGUCCUGUUGAUCAAGAACCAGGUGAAAUUUAUGUUAAUCCUCCAUAUGCAGCCCCUGAGGUAUUGUGUGGUGGAGGACAUACUCAAGAAGCUGAUAUUUAUAGUACUGGAAUAAUUAUAUGGCAAUUAACAACUGGUGUUCCCCCAUAUCAAGGAAUGUAUCGUGAUGAUCAAAUUUUGCCUUUUAUUAAUAAAAUUCGCAAUGGGCUUCGUCCAGAUCCCAUUUAUGGAAUUCCUUAUGACUACAAGGAAAUAAUGGAAAGUUGUUGGAGUGGUGAUGUUUCGAAGAGACCCAAGGCAGAACAUUUGUUUGCUUAUUUUGAAGAUAAACUUACAAAAAUCUAUAGAAAUGAGUUAAUAUUACCUGAAUUAAACAAUAUCAUAACAUUACCUGAAUUAAAUAAUAUCAAUGUUUCUCCAGAAAUUUACACUCCCAGAAGUUACAAGAUCAAAUGUUGA